AUGGUACACAACUAUGUCAGUCAUGUGAAGCGUCAGAUCAACACCGACAUCAGCUUCUGUCGCGGUUCGGCCAAAGACAUUUGGUCUGAAGUGAACGACUUGGCCAAGUUGCCAGCUUCGAACAGGACGGCACGUGCAGCUGGUUACGACGCUGGAAUUUCCGGAGGUGGCAGUACCGGCGGAGGUGGUACCACUGGUGGUGGCAGCAGUGGUGGAGGAGGCAACGGAGGAGGUUGCUCAGGCUGCUGCUUGCCCGGAGCCCCCGGUCCUGCUGGCACACCCGGUAAGCCAGGUCGCCCAGGAAAGCCUGGAGCUCCAGGAACACCUGGCAACCCAGGACGUCCUCCACAGAUGCCAUGCGAGCCUCUCACACCCCCACCAUGCAGACCUUGCCCAGCUGGACCACCAGGAGAACCAGGACCACAGGGAGAGCCAGGAGAUCCAGGAGCAGACGGACAGCCAGGACGACCCGGCAACGAUGGUGGACCUGGACAACCUGGACCUAAAGGACCACCCGGACCCGACGGAAAUCCGGGAGCUCCUGGAGAGCCCGGACAGCCAGGCCAGGAUGCCGUCUCAGAACCACUUGUUCCUGGAGAGCCCGGACCCGCAGGAGAGCCUGGACCGCAAGGACCUCCUGGAGCUCCAGGACUGCCCGGACAAGAUGGACAACCAGGACAACCCGGACCCAAAGGACCUCCUGGACCUGAUGGUGAACCUGGCGCGGAUGGAAAUCCUGGAACACCUGGAGACGCAGGACCUCCAGGAAAUGGUGGAGAAAGGGAACUCUCAUUGCUUGUUAUGGGAUUACCUGCAGACAUUUGCGAAUUUCAGCAAUUUCUUGCUGCAGAAUCAAGCGAAUGGCAGGACACAAUGUUAGCUGACCCUUUUGCCGGACCAGACGAGCAAAGAGUGAACAAAUGGUGUGUAACUAGCGCAAUCGUAAACAACCAGCAUUGCCUGAAUGGACGCCUUUUCCCUCAUGCUUUUUGUUCCCGUUGA